AUGGUCGACCCUUUUCUGGUCCUCGCCCUGGUUUAUGCUUUCGGGCCGUUUUUAUGUGUCGCGCUCUGCGCCUGCGCGAGAGCAAUCACGUCGCAGGAGUCGCACCCGGCGCCCGGGCCGGCGCCGGCACCGGUCGUCGCCGCCGCAGGUCCAAGUCGAAGCGACGUGUGGCCCGAGUCGCAUAACAUUACUCCGGCGGCUCAAGCACCCGAGCCGGUGGUCGUGGAGAAACGGCAGCUGGGGUACUUCCUGUACUCGGCGCCCACCGCCACGGAGGAGGAUGGCGGAGUGAGGGGGGCGUCGGUGGUGGUGUGCGCGAUCUGCCGGGAGGCGCUGGUGGGCGGGGAGGAGUGCAGCGAGGUGCCGGCGUGCCGGCACGUGUUCCACCGGGGCUGCCUCGCGCUGUGGAUCGAGAGCAAAAACACAUGCCCGCUCUGCAGGAGGCCUGUCGUGCUGGGGUCAGAACCCCUCUCGGCAGCCGAGGAGAUGGUCUAG